AUGGAGCGGCGGCUGCGCGCGCUGGAGCGGCUGGCGCGGGGCGAGGCCGGCGGCGGCCCGGGGCUCGACGGCCUCCUGGAUCUGCUGCUGGGGCUGCACCACGAGCUCAGCAGCGCCCCCCUGCGGCGGGAGCGCAAUGUGGCGCAGUUCCUGAGCUGGGUCAGUCCCUUCGUAGCGAAGGUGAAAGAGCUGCGGCUGCAGAGAGAUGACUUUGAGAUCUUGAAGGUGAUCGGCCGAGGGGCCUUCGGGGAGGUUGCUGUGGUGAGGCAGAGGGACAGUGGGCAGAUUUUUGCCAUGAAAAUGCUGCACAAGUGGGAGAUGCUGAAGCGGGCUGAGACGGCCUGUUUCCGGGAGGAACGGGAUGUUCUGGUGAAGGGGGACAGCCGCUGGGUGACUGCUCUGCAUUAUGCUUUCCAAGAUGAGGAGUAUCUGUACCUGGUGAUGGAUUACUACGCUGGAGGGGACCUCCUUACUCUGCUGAGCCGCUUUGAAGACCGCCUCCCGCCCGAGCUGGCGCAGUUCUACCUGGCUGAGAUGGUGUUGGCCAUCCACUCACUGCAUCAGUUGGGCUACGUCCACAGGGAUGUCAAGCCAGACAAUAUCCUGCUGGACAUGAACGGGCACAUCCGCUUGGCCGACUUUGGCUCCUGCCUACGUCUCAACAACAGUGGCAUGGUGGACUCAUCGGUGGCAGUGGGGACACCCGACUACAUCUCCCCUGAGAUCCUGCAGGCCAUGGAGGAGGGCAAGGGCCACUACGGCCCACAGUGCGACUGGUGGUCCCUGGGGGUCUGUGCCUACGAGCUGCUCUUCGGGGAGACGCCCUUCUAUGCUGAAUCUCUGGUGGAAACCUACGGCAAGAUCAUGAACCACGAGGACCACCUGCAGUUCCCCCCAGACGUGCCCGAUGUGCCGGCCAGUGCCCGAGACCUGAUCCGCCAGCUGCUGUGCUGCCAGGAGGAGCGUCUGGGCCGCGGAGGGCUGGACGACUUCCGGAACCACCCCUUCUUUGAAGGCGUGGACUGGGAGAGGCUGGCCACCUGCACUGCCCCGUACAUCCCCGAGCUUCGCGGACCCAUGGACACCUCCAACUUCGAUGUGGAUGAUGACACCCUCAACCAUCCAGGAACCCUGCCGCCACCCUCCCACGGGACUUUCUUAGGUCACCACCUGCCAUUCGUGGGCUUCACCUACACCUCAGGCAGUCCCGGCCCCGAGAGCAGCUCUGAGCAGUUGGCUCCCCUAGAGCGGAAGCUCCGCUGUCUGGAGCAGGAGAAGCUGGAGCUGAGCCGGAAGCUCCAAGAGGCUCUGCAGAGCCCCUCGGACCAUCGGGAGCUGGAGCAGCUGCGGAAGGAAGUGCAGGCUCUGCAGGACAGGCUGUCAGGGACGCUGGGGGACAGCAAGGCGGACGGGUGUCCGACUGGCAGCCCAAGCCAGGACAGUGACCUGCGGCAGGAGAGAAAUCAGCUCCUCCAGGAGCUGGCUGAGGCUCGGGCGGGGCAGCAGGCACAGGCACGGGAGCUUCGAGAGACCAAGGGGUGGCAGGAGGAGCUGCUCCAGAAGCUGCAGGAGGCCCAGGAGAGAGAGGCAGCCAUGGCCAGCCAGACCCAAGCCCUGAACUCCCAGCUGGAGGAAGCCCGCGAUGCCCAGAGCCAGCUGCAAGCUCAGGUGGCCGCCCUGAAGCGAGAUGUGACUCAGCUCCAGAGACAGCGGGAACAAAGCCUGGAGAAGGCGUCUCCCCAGGUCAAGACCGUCCACACCACCUCUGAGACCAAUGGCACGGGAUCGCCUGAGGGUGGCGGGCCCCAGGAGACACAGCUGAAGCAGGAGGUGGCCGCGCUGCGUGCACAGCUGGAGCAGGCCCGUGGCCAGGGGCCGAGCAGCAAGGAGGAGGCGCUGUGCCGGCUGCAGGAGGAGAACCGGCGGCUGAGCCAAGAGCAGGAGCGGCUCAUGGAAGAGCUGGAGCGGGAACAGCAGAGCAAGCAGAGGCUGGAAGGUGAGCAGCGGGAGACGGAGAGCAACUGGGAGGCCCAGAUUGCCGACAUCCUCAGCUGGGUGAAUGAUGAGAAGGUGUCAAGAGGCUACCUGCAGGCACUGGCCACCAAGAUGGCUGAGGAACUGGAAUCCUUGCGGAACGUGGGCACCCAGACUCUCCCUUCCCGGCCGCUGGACCACCAGUGGAAGGCACGGAGGCUGCAGAAGAUGGAGGCGUCAGCCAGGCUGGAGCUGCAGUCAGCGCUGGAGGCCGAGAUCCGGGCCAAGCAAGGUCUGCAGGAGCGGCUGACUCAGGCACAGGAGGCCCAGCUGCGGGCUGAGAGCCGUCUGCAGGAGGCCGAGAAGAGGCACCAGGCCUUGCAGCAGGAGCUGGCGGCGCUGCGGGAGGAGCUGCGGGCGCGUGGGCCAGCGGACACCAAGCCUUCAAACUCCCUGAUUCCCUUCCUGUCCUUCCGGAGCUCAGAGAAGGAUUCCGCCAGAGAUGCGGGCACCUCCGGAGAGGUGCCGGAGCUGAGGCCGGAGGGCCGCCGCAGCCUGCGGCUGGGGGCUGUGUUCCCCAGGAUGCCUGCUGCCACCACACCCCCUGCAGAAAGUCCCCCUGCAAAGCCCGGCUCACACGCGCUGCGUCCCCGAAGCUUCCCAUCCCCCACCAAGUGUCUCCGUUGCACCUCGCUGAUGCUGGGCCUGGGCCGCCAGGGCCUGGGCUGUGACGUCUGCGGCUACUUCUGUCACCCGACUUGUGCCCCACAGGCCCCCCCCUGCCCUGUGCCCCCUGACUUCCUCCACACAGCCCUGGGAGUGCACCCCGAAACGGGCACGGGCACCGCCUACGAGGGCUUCCUGUCGGUGCCACGGCCCUCGGGUGUCCGGCGGGGCUGGCAGCGGGUGUUCGCCGCCCUCAGCGACUCGCGCCUGCUGCUUUUUGAUGCCCCAGACCCGAAGCUCAGCCCAGCCAGCGGGGCCCUCCUGCAGGCUCUGGAUCUGAGGGACCCCCAGUUCUCAGCCGCCCCUGUCCUGGCCCCUGAUGUUAUCCACGCCCAAUCCAAGGACCUGCCUCGCAUCUUUAGGGUGACGGCCUCCCAGCUGACCGUGCCGCCCGCCACGUGCACCGUGCUGCUGCUGGCGGACAGCGAGGGCGAGCGGGAGCGCUGGCUGCAGGUGCUGGGUGAGCUGCAGCGGCUGCUGCUGGACGCGCGGCCCCGGCCCCGGCCUGUGUACACCCUGAAGGAGGCCUACGACAACGGGCUGCCGCUGCUGCCCCACGCGCUCUGCGCCGCCGUCGUCGACCAGGAACGCCUUGCUCUGGGCACUGAGGAAGGGCUGUUUGUGAUCCAUCUGCACAGUAACGACAUCUUCCAGGUGGGCGAGUGCCGGCGGGUGCAGCGGCUGGCCGUGAGCCCCGCUGCGGGCCUUCUGGUCGCACUGUGUGGCCGAGGCCCCAGCGUGCGCCUCUUUGCCCUGGCAGAGCUGGAGAACGUGGAGGCGGCCGGCACCAAGAUCCCCGAGUCACGAGGCUGCCAGGCCCUGGCGGCCGGGCGCAUCCUGCAGGCCCGCACCCCCGUGCUCUGCGUUGCGGUCAGGCGCCAGGUGCUCUGCUACCAGCUGGGCCCAGGCCCGGGGCCCUGGCAGCGCCGCAUCCGUGAGCUGCAGGCACCAGCACCCGUGCAGAGCCUGGGGCUGCUGGGCGAUCGGCUGUGCGUGGGCGCGGCUGGCACCUUCGCCCUCUACCCGCUGCUCAACGAGGCAGCGCCCUUAGCGCUGGGGGCCGGUCUUGUGCCUGAGGAGCUGCCCCCGUCCCGCGGGGGCCUGGGUGAGGCCCUGGGCGCCGUGGAGCUCAGCCUCAGUGAGUUCCUGCUGCUCUUCACCACCGCCGGGGUCUACGUGGACAGCACCGGCCGCAAGUCUCGCAUGCAAGAGCUGCUGUGGCCAGCAGCACCCACGGGCUGGGGUUAUGCAGCCCCCUACCUGACAGUGUUCAGCGAGAAUGCCAUCGAUGUGUUCGAUGUGAGGAGGGCAGAAUGGGUCCAGACCGUGCCACUCAAGAAGGUGCGACCCCUGAACCCAGAGGGCUCCCUGUUCCUCUUUGGUACCGAGAAGGUCCGCCUGACCUACCUCCGGAACCCGCUGGCAGAGAAGGACGAGUUCGACAUCCCCAACCUCACGGACAACAGCCGGCGCCAGCUCUUCCGCACCAAGAGCAAGCGACGCUUCUUCUUCCGCGUGUCGGAGGAGCUGCUGCAGCAGCAGCGCAGGGAGAUGCUGAAGGACCCUUUCGUGCGCUCCAAGCUCAUCUCAACGCCCACCAACUUCAACCACCUGGUGCACGUGGGCCCUGCAGACGGGAGACCCAGCGCCAGGGACCUGCCCCCAGCUGCGGAAGAGAAGGGACGAGGUGCCCGCGGCUCUGGCCCGCAGCGGCCCCACAGCUUCUCCGAGGCCUCGCGGCGCCCAGCCUCCAUGGGCAGUGACGGCCUCGCUAAAGACGCAGACCCCAUGAAGAGGAAGCCUUGGACUUCUCUGUCCAGCGAAUCUGUGUCCUGCCCCCAGGGAUCUCUGAGCCCUGCGGUUUCCCUGAUACAGGUCUCAGAACGACCCCGGAGCCUCCCCCCAGCCCCUGAAUCUGAGAGCUCCCCUUGA